CUCUCUUUCUCUCUCUAAAAAAAGCUUCAUCUCAUCUGCCAUGGCGAUUAUGAUCUUUCUAGCAACUCUUUUAGCCAUCUUUGUUUCAUCUUUUGCAAAGAUGGCAUAUGAUACUCUCUCUUUCUACUGGCUUACCCCUAGAAGAAUCAGGAAGAGGAUGGCCGAGCAAGGCGUUUAUGGCCCCGACCCACGACCCUUCACUGGAAACAUCCUCGAUGUCGUAGAGCUUGUGAAGAAAUCCACAGCUAACGACAUGAGCUCCAUCAGUCAUGACAUCGUUGAUCGUUUGUUACCCUAUUACUCUACAUGGACAAAGCAAUACGGAAAGAGGUUUAUAUAUUGGAACGGGAUGGAUUCGAGGCUGUGUUUGACGGAGAUGGAGUUGGUGAAGGAAGUAUUGGGGAAGGGCAGCAAUGUGUGUGGGAGGUCAUGGAUGCAAAGACAAGGGACCAAACACUUCAUAGGGAAGGGAUUGUUGAUGGCAAAUGGAGAAGCUUGGCAUCAUCAACGUCACCUGAUUUCACCUGCGUUUAGAGGGGAAAGGCUCAAGAGCUACGCGGGGUUGAUGGUGGAAUGCACCAACAAGAUGAUCCAAUCCUUGGAGGCCCAAUUGGAGGAGGGCCAGACAGUGUUCGAAAUUUCUGAUUGCAUGAAACGCCUCACCGCCGACAUCAUUUCCCGGACUGCGUUCGACACAAGCUCCGACAAAGGCAUCCAAAUCUUUGAUAUGCUCACUCAGCUUCAACACCUCUGCGCACAAGCCAGCCGCCACCUCUGCAUCCCCGGUAGUCGGUUUUUUCCGAGUAAAUACAACAGAAAAAUAAAGGCACUAAAAAUGGAGAUGGAGAGGAUGUUAAUGGAGAUCAUUGGAAGCAGAAAAGAGGGCGUGGAGAUAGGAAGAAGCAGUGGAUAUGGAAGCGAUUUGUUGGGAAUGCUAUUGAAGGAGAUGCAGAGAAAGAGAGACGAUGGAUUCAGCUUAGACUUGCAGCUCGUAAUGGAUGAAUGCAAAACUUUCUUCUUUGCUGGCCAUGAUACCACUUCUCUUUUGCUCAGCUGGACCUUCAUGUUGCUCGCUACUAACCCUUCUUGGCAACAAAAGGCUCGUGCUGAAGUCGCCCAAGUUUGCAACGGCCGACUUCCCUCGGUCGAACUUCUCCCUAAGCUCACUUUGCUGAACAUGGUGAUAAACGAGUCCCUAAGGCUUUACCCACCGGCCACGGUGCUACCGAGAAUAGCGUUCGAGGACAUAAAGAUAAGAGAUUUAGAGAUCCCGAAAGGGCUAUCAGUAUGGAUACCAGUGCUUGCAAUUCAUCACAGCGAGGAGCUGUGGGGAAAAGACGCAAACGAGUUCAACCCAGAGAGGUUUGAGUCGAAAGCAUUCAGUGGCGGGCGGUUCAUUCCAUUUUCCAGCGGACCAAGGACCUGCAUCGGCCAGGGGUUCGCGUUGAUGGAAGCUAAGAUCAUAUUGGCUAUGUUACUCUCCAAGUUCAGCUUCACUAUUUCCGACACUUAUCGCCAUGCUCCUGUUGUUGUUCUCACCAUACAGCCUAAGUAUGGAAUUCAAGUUUGCCUCACUCCAUUGCCUUCUUGAACCUUUCUUUGAA